UUUCUACGACUGAAAUGUUUUGUGGUUGUUUCAAUGUAUUCAUUUAUAAAUUAUUCAGAUUUCUGAGAAUAUGAAGACAGACGUGAUAAUGCAUGAUGAGCAAGCAAGAACAUGAUCCAUCUCAUCUCUUGAUGAACGGUGAAAAACCAGACUGGGCUACUAAUUUAGAUGUAGCAUCCUCAGAUGGAACUGUAUCUACAACCGACGAAAAACUAAAAACCCGAGAAACUUGGAACCGUAAAUUUGAUUUUCUGCUAGCCUGUAUUGGUUUCUCCGUCGGUUUAGGAAACGUGUGGAGAUUUCCUUUCCUGUGUUAUAAAAAUGGAGGCGGUGCCUUCCUCAUUCCCUAUUUUAUUGCUGUGAUAUUAGGUGGUAUACCGGUGUUUUUUUUAGAAGUAUCUUUGGGGCAGUUUAUGUCCGAGGGUGGAAUAGGACCAUGGAAAUUAUGUCCAUUAUUUCAAGGUAUUGGAUAUGCCAGUGCAAUCAUCGUGUUUUUAUUAAACUGUGAUUACAAUAUUAUACUUACCUGGGCUUUCUACUACCUUUUCUCGUCAUUUCAAGCUGUAUUACCUUGGUCACAUUGUAAUAAUGAUUGGAACACGGAAAACUGUAGAGAUUUUAGGUCCAGAAGACAGACCAACUUGUCAGAGACCAAUACAACAUCUUUUAAUACCUCGAUAGUUAAUAUGGUACCAUACAACUUAACCCUGAACACCAAUGCGACAGGAAAAGUAAUGGAUUCCGUUACAGAAUUUUGGGAGCGGAAAGUCCUUCAACUCUCCAGCGGUGUGGGGUCUCCUGGCAACGUCAAGUGGGACCUGGCCCUCUGUCUGUUACUCGCAUGGAUCGUGGUGUAUUUCUGCAUCUGGAAGGGCAUUAAGAGCUCCGGAAAGGUGAUCUAUUGAAUCGGUGUUAACAGUGUGUGCAUUAUAACACCGAUAAUAUUUUGUAUUCCAUGUUUGCAGAUUUAAUUAAAGACCUUAUAUUAAUGUGAUUUUUACCGUGGUGUCGUUGGAUAGCUGGAAAUAAAUCUGAUGUAUUUUCAAAAAUAUCUGAAAAAGUCUCGUAAUGAGCAGUAAUAUAUACACUUUUUUAAUAGUAAAAAAAAUAUGGAUAAAAAUAAUUAUUUUAAAGUCCCUAGGUUUUAACUUUAGAGACAAUGAGAGUUGUCCAUCGGCACCACUUUACAUUUAAAACCUAGUAUUUAUCUAUAUUACAGUUAUAUUUUAUUCAAUCAAAAAAUUAAUUUCAAAUUCUCAAAGAUUUUCGUUUUCAGCAUUUUGACUAUGUAGCCCUUUCUAUAUCUCGGCGUGUUUUCUCUUUUU